GACACACCUGGGAAUGACUGACACACCUGGGUUGACUGACACACCUGGGGCCGACUGACACACCUGGACUGACACACCUGGGACCGACUGACACACCUGGGAAUGACUGACACACCUGGACUGACACACCUGGACUGACACACCUGGACUGACACACCUGGGAAUGACUGACACACCUGGACUGACACACCUGGACUGACACACCUGGGAAUGACUGACACACCUGGACUGACUGACACACCUGGACUGACACACCUGGACUGACACACCUGGACUGACUGACACACCUGGACUGACACACCUGGACUGACUGACACACCUGGGAAUGACUGACACACCUGGACUGACUGACACACCUGGACUGACACACCUGGACUGACUGACACACCUGGACUGACACACCUGGACUGGAUCCCCCCGUCCCCCCCAAUAAAGGCACAGGUGACUCCUCCAGGUGUGGCCAGGUGUGUUUAUUGCUCAGGGCGGGGCUGGGGGGGACACCUGGGCCACGCCCACUGCACACCUGAGAUCCAGUGACACACCUGUGACGUCAUCUGCACACCUGUGAUGUCACCUGUGACGUCAUCUGCACACCUGUGAUGUCACCUGCUCACCUGUGACGUCACCUGCUCACCUGUGAUGUCACCUGCACACCUGUGAUGUCACCUGGGCCCCUCCCCAGCACACCUGGACUCGAUUCCUGCCCCUGAACCCCAAAAAUAAACACCCAGGUGUGUCCAGGUGUAUCGAGAUGUGUCCAGGUGAGUCCAGGUGUAUCUCAGGUGUAUCUCAGGUGUCUCCAGGUGUAUUUACAGUGCUCCCACAUGUGUCCAUGUUCACUCAGGUAUGUCCAGGUGUAUCCAGGUGUGUCCCAGGUGCUCCCAGGUGUAUUCAGGUGUGCCCAGGUGUGUCCAGGUGUAUCUCAGGUGUAUUUCCGGUGCUCCCACGUCCGUCCAUGUUCACUCAGGUGUCCCCAGGUGUCCCCAGGUGUGUCCCAGUGUAUCUCAGGUAUGUCCAGGUGUGUCCAGCUGUAUCUCAGGUGUCCCCAGGUGUAUCCAGGUGUGUCUGUAUUCACUCAGGUGUGUCCAGGUGUAUCUCAGGUGUCUCCAGGUGUGUCCAGGUGUAUCUCAGAUGUCUCCGGGUGUAUCCAGGUGUAUCUCAGGUGUCUCCAGGUGUGUCCAGGUGUAUUUCCGGUGCUCCCACGUCUGCCCAUGUUCGCUCAGGUGUCCCCACGUGUCCCCAGGUGUGUCCAGGUGUCCCCAGGUGUAUCUCAGGUGCUCCCAGGUGUAUUUUAGGUGUAUCCAGGUGCAUCUGUAUUCACUCAGGUAUCCCCAGGUGCUCCCAGGUGUAUCCAGGUGUAUCUCAGGUGUCUCAAGGUGGGGGUAACAGCGGUACCAGCAGUCUGAGCGCCCCCAGCCCCAGCGCCGCCGCCCCCACAGGUGAGUCCAGGUGUAUCUCAGGUGUGUCCAGGUGUAUCCAGGUGUAUCUCAGGUGUCUCCAGGUGUAUCUCAGGUGUAUCCAGGUGUAUCCAGGUGUCUCUCAGGUGUAUCUCAGGUAUCUCCAGGUGUCUCAAGGUGGGGGUAACAGUGGUACCAGCAGUCUGAGCGCCCCCAGCCCCAGCGCCGCCGCCCCCACAGGUGAGUCCAGGUGUAUCUCAGGUGUGUUUGGGUGUAUCUCAGGUGUCUCCAGGUGUCUCCAGGUGUGUCCAGGUGUAUCUCAGGUGUCUCAAGGUGGGGGUAACAGCGGUACCAGCAGUCUGAGCGCCCCCAGCCCCAGCGCUCGCAGCCCCACAGGUGAGUCCAGGUGUAUCUCAGGUGUCUCCAGGUGUGUUUGGGUGUAUCUCAGGUAUCUCCAGGUGUCUCUCAGGUAUCUCCAGGUGUCUCAAGGUGGGGGUAGCAGUGGUACCAGCAGUCUGAGCGCCCCCAGCCCCAGCGCCGCCGCCCCCACAGGUGAGUCCAGGUGUCUCCAGGUGUAUCCAGGUGUAUCUCAGGUGUAUCCAGGUGUCUCCAGGUGUCUCCAGGUGGGGGUAACAGCGGUACCAGCAGUCUGAGCGCCCCCAGCCCCAGCGCCGCCGCCCCCACAGGUGAGUCCAGGUGUAUCUCAGGUGUAUCCAGGUGUGUUUGGGUGUAUCUCAGGUAUCUCCAGGUGUAUCCAGGUGUAUCACAGGUAU